AUGCCUCCGAAGAAAAAAGGACUGAAUGAACCAAAUAAAAAGACCGAACAAAAAAAGAAAGAAAAGAUAAUAGAGGUAAUUUUAGAUAUUUCCAUGUUUUUAGAUAAUGCCUUUUUCCUACUGUCAGCUAACAUCACUGAUUUCUCAUAUGAACAGGACAAAACUUUUGGCUUGAAAAACAAGAAAGGCAAGAAGCAACAGACUUUCGUAAAACAAGUGACGCAGCAGGUAGACUUUUUUAAAUGUAUCUCUAAUUUGCUCUGAUAUUGAAUUUCUUUAUGAAUUUAUUAACUAACUUGGUGCUUGUUUUCUCUCGUAAAGGUUAAAUAUGGCGGAAAUCCUAGCGCCAGAAAGGUUCGUAUAUUAUGUGCACUGUUUGCUAAAGUUGAGCAUGUAACCUCCGAUUGCUCCGAACGCUUAAAGUUAAAAAUAUUUCAUCUGGUUAAUUUUUGAUCCAUUUAAGCAGGACGUGAUUAAAUUUGAUGUGUUGAAAAAGCUCUAAGGAACUGCGAUUUGUUAUCGUUGUAAGUCAUGCACAAUCCUACCCCCCCUCCUCCCUCCUCAUAGGGCAAUCUGUCCCAAGGGGAGGUACCCCAUUAAUGAGACCCAGUGCUGGUUUAAUCACAAAGUACGAGACCACUUGUUCUUGGCCUUCGUGUUAUGCUUCAUUGUCUUGGUUCUAUCAUGUGGUUGGACUGACCAACGUUUGGUGGCAAAUGAUGAGUAAAACCAAUUUCGGCCCUACUUUCUUCCCCCCUCAAAAAAAAAAAAAAAAAAAAAACAAUUGGUCAAAUUAUAAUGAAAGAAGUUGAUUUAGUAGUCAAAUGCCCUGUUACACAACACUUCAAAUAAAACCAAACACUGUAAUAUGCUCAUGUAUUUCAACUGUGCAUGCUGUAAACCAUUUUUUUACCUUUUGAACAGUUUUGCUUUGAAGCUGCUUUUAAGGACUUAUUUACCUUGAUCAUUAAAUUCCUUUUGAAAUCAAACACUGUAUAACUCGGAAAUUGUAACCAAGAUCAUAAAAUUAACGUCACUUUUAUAUAAUCACUUCUUUAUCACAAAGUCUACAGGAAUUGUUAGGUUUUAUGGCAUGAACUUAUUUGUGCAAAUCAUCCAUUUUGAACGUUAACUCUCUUGGUAUUUUGUUAUGUGUGUUGACAGUUUAGUCUAUAUGAAUUUGUUAUAUUUAUGUAAGUAUUUGUUUUUUUCUAGCUUGCUCAAGAACAAGAUAACAAGGUAAAAUAAUAUCCGUUGUCAGUGGGGGGGAUGAAGGCUAUCAAGAUUCUAAUGUACUGUAUGUGAUAUGGUUAAAUAUUGUUCUUUCUUGCAGACAGUCCAUUCACUGUAGUUAGAAUCUUUUGUAAGCAACCACCUGAUCUUGGCACUUUUCAGCUGGUCAUGUACCGGAGUAAAAAAAUACAGUAAAAACAGCAGCUAAAAGCUCAAGAAUUGUGAUAGUCAUGCUUGAUCUCAUAACCAUGGUAUUGACAAAGGCAGUUAUCACAUUAGAGAGUUAUUGGAAUCCUGCGUGGCAGACCACAAUCACACCAAAUGCGGGCAAAAAUGCUUGUGAUCUCAAAAAAACCCCAUAGCAUUCUUUUGAACCAAAAAUUUUCAAUGUGGUUUCCAUUUUUUUAAUUUAGUUGUGAUUUUAUUCCACUGUAUUCUGGUUAUUUUAUCACUCAACUUUUUUUAAUUAUUUUAUCUUUAAAUUAAUUCACCCUUUGAAUAUAGCCUGCUUAGCUGGCUGUUUGUUUUUGGUUUUUUUUUUGGUGUGUUUUUUCUUUUGCGGUUCAUAAAGAGAUCAGAUUCCGCCACACAAAAGCUGAACUGAGAACAACAAAGGAAACGAUGGGGGAGGGGGCAAGGGGAGAAGGCUGGGAGAAAAACCACCUGCAGUCAACCCCUCGAGAUUUUGAAAUGCCCCAUCCAGUCUUGUGAAAGGAGAAGCUUGGCUUACACAUGAUAUGAUGUGUCUUGAAGUCAGACGUCAGCCAGCAAACUGUUGUGCCAAAGAUUUGUUGGUUAUGACUAUCUAUAAAUUUUUUUGUUGUUGUUUAUCAAAGCUCUCUGCUCACUAUUUAAGGAAUAGUUUUGUAUUUCGGAAUUGUAUUGUUGGAUUGUUUCACCAUCAAAGAAAAAUAUUGAUUUUUUUACGAAAGUGUCAUUUGUUGAUUACUGACACUUGUAGGACAAAAGCAAAAGUUCACAUACAAAGCUACUGUUGGCUUUACUUCAGUUUUUGCUAUGAUGAAAUGGGCAAGGUAUUUGGAGAAUUUGUAGCCUAGGAUUGGGGGAUUGGAUCAGUUUUGCAUUUUUGUAGCAGGAUCCCCCUGAGGAAUUAUUGUAAAACACUCAGCAAAAAAAGGACUGGGAGGGAGAAUAGACCAAACUGUUCGAGAUCAGAUGGCAGGAAUCCCUUCAAUCAGCUGUGCUUAAAAGUGGACUAGGUCAUGGGAAGGGACAUUGGAAUUUUGCAUACACAGGGACUUAGGACUUGGGGAACCAACAAGAGGAACUGACAUGAAGUAUUGGACUAUGAGACAUGUGGGGAUGCAAAAUACCAGAAAUGUCUCAGUUUCUGGAAAAGUCUGGGUUGAUCACUUAAUGUUUUCCUUCUUUUUUUUUUUCUUCAAGUCUUUCAAGUAAAAUGUGUUUGUUUUUUUGGUUUUGGUAGAAAAAAACAGUGGAACAGAAGAAGAAAGAGCAAGAUGACAUGAACCAGCUGUUUAAGCCAGUCAUUGGACAGAAAGUGUCAGCAGGUACGCUAUGUGCAAAGGGCUGUCAAAGCUGGCACACACCAAGUGACUGGUUGAGGUGACCUGCUGUCACAGUGAACAGUGGUUAAAGAGACUUAUUUCUUUCUUUUGCUACUGUUUUCUGUGGGAUCACAGUGUUCAGUCUCUUUGAACAUCAAAAUUAAUGUGUAUAAAACAACAGGGUGGAUUUACCCAUUGUGUUUAAGGCAUGUUAUAACAUAGCGUGCGUGCCCUAUAUAAUUCCCAUUGAGCCGCUAUGAACAAAUUCUUUAUUUCAGGGCUUCUGAUAUUUCGCGGAAAAAAAAGCAAAAUUUCGCGGGAUUUUCAGGGGCAAAUUCGCAGAAAAAUCGGCCAAUUUCGCAGGAGAAAAGUCAAAAUUUGCCGGAAAAUCGUUCAAUUUCGCGGGAUUUUAGCAGAAAAAAGUCAAAUUUCGAAGGAUUUUCAGGGGCAAAUUCUUAGAAAAAUCGGCCGAUUUCACGGGAAAUUUCGGGGGGGAAACUUCGCCAAGAAACAAUCAGUAAAAAACAGCCGAUUUUGCUGGAUUUUUUUUGGCAAAUUUCGCUAAAAUCGAUCAAUUCUGUGUCGAUAUGACCAGCAUUGUUUAACGUUUUUUUAACAGGGAUAAUCAUUUGCUCUUUCAACAACAGUUUCCUGGAGAAAUGAGCGAAUGCUAAAGCCAUUAACACUAUGGUUAGUGCCCAGUUUUUCGCAACAUUAAUCUAAGAACGCCUGGUAGUUUUGGGACGUUGUUUACUCAUUGCAGUGACGAAGUUUCAAGAUAAAUUUGGACAUUUGGGGUGAAUAAGACAGGUCUAUUGGCCAAGAUAAGUAUUAAAUAUGUUUUGCCGACAAGUAUUUGGAAAUAUUUCUUGCGGAUUUCGCGGUAUUUCGCUUUUUUGGGGGAAUUUCGCGAGAUUUCGCGGAAAUACCUGAAUUUCGCGGAUCCGCGACCGCGCAUAAUAUCAGAAGCCCUGUUAUUUACGCAUGCCCAUGUGUAAAUAACGAUUUUAAUCUUGAUGAUGUGUUCAGCUGUUUUUCGUCUCUUUUCCUAAGUACCCAAAAAUCGACAUCAGUGAUGAAAAACUUUCUAGAUUUUUUUUGGCAUUUAGUUUCGUUCUAGCCAGUCAAACCAACAGCAGAAGCGUUGAAGAUGUUUCGCAAAUAAUAGAACCUGAAUGAUUCGUUGAAGAGUCUGCCCUAAUGACUGACAUUUAAGGAGGAAAAGUCCAGAAAUUGGUCUUUGUCCGAAAAUAUUCAAUUUGUAUAGUGCCCUCCAUUUUUAACGUUUGGUUAUCAUUUACAAAACAAGUUAAUUAUAAAGUCAGCUCAAUAGCAAAAAAUUAUGCACUUUUGAUAUCGCCGAACAAUCCAACUGAAGCAGGAAAAUUUCUCUUGCAAUAACAAGACAAAUUACACAUUAGAGGACAAAUUUAUUACUCACAAAAACAACUGCUGCCAGGUCUUCUCAAGAAGCCAUAAUGACCAGCCAAAGUUGGUAAAUGAAUGUAAGUUUAACGAAGGAUGACAGUCAUCUUCAGUAAAAAAUAUGUUUUCUGGAUUUUGCCAAGCUAAACGUAAACAUCUUUCAGCAAAUCCAAACCAUACUCCACGACUUCUUAAGAACAUGUGAGUAUUUUAACUUUAAGUGAACUUUAAGACUCUUUUACCUUUGUUUCUGCUUAGUUUCCAUUGUUCGUUAACAAAUAAAUAAGCAAAUAUUAUUUUCUUUCUCAGUUUUACAGAAAGAAUUUUCAUUCAAACUAGACGAUUGUGGCGUGUUUGUACACAGCCAAUAGAAGCGUUUGUUAUUGUGCCACAAGUUAGGAGAAUUUUGCAGUUAAUCAAAAAGCAAGCAUUUUUGUUAGCUAUGUUAAAAGAAUUUGCUCAUGCUUUUAGCUGUGCGUAUAUCGAGUUAUGGAUGCACUUGGGAAGUUCCAUAACUUGAUAUACGCACACGAAGCAUGAACAAAUUCUUAAUUUUAAUUAGAGGUAGUCAGGUCUACAGGCAAGCAACAUUUGCCAAGAUUAAGUAAAUUGCAGUGAAAACAGGAGUUGGUAGACCUGCUUAACUGUUACGGGCUAGUAAACUUCAGCAACAGUUUGCAACAAAGGGUGAACAAUUCAUCUAUUUUCAUCUCACCCUGCAAAGAGAUUCUGACAAUAAAUUGCAACUGAUUAGCACUUUGUCAAAUUUUAGACCAGUUUGAAUUUGUGUCCUUGAUAAAGCACUACUCUAUUCCAUUCCUGAUGAAGAAAAUAAUGUUGUUCAAUCUAUUUUGUACUCAGGGGCCGAUCCAAAGUCUGUGGUCUGUGCAUUUUUUAAGCAAGGCCAGUGCUCCAAGGGCGAUAAAUGCAAGUUUUCACACAACAUUGCUUUGGACAGAAAAGGAGAAAAGAGGAGUAUUUAUGUUGAUGCCAGGGAUGCUGAUGAAGAUCUUAAAAAUGGUAAACAUUGUUCAAGAACAUAACUUCAUUAUGAAAAAACAACAACAACAAAAGAUUAUGGCUAUAGAAGAUCGCAAGAAAGAGGAAUCAACAAGCACUACCUAAUCAUCUAAAAAUUACACGUGUCAAAAAAUUGUGAAUUUUUACAUGCAUGACACCUAAAGUCAUGAAAUUUGACCCCACCCCAGUAAUACAGCCCCAUUUAAUAUGGCAAUUUUUUUUUGCCCCAUUAGUUACUGUACUAACGGGAUUUUUUCUUAAAACAGAUACAAUGGAUAAAUGGGACCAGAGCAAAUUGGAAGAGGUUAUUGAAAAGAAACAUGGCGAAAAGGAGAAAUCCAUGCCUAAAACAGAAAUUGUAAGUUCUUUAUUGUGACAUGGUAGCAAUUAGUAGAUGCAAAUGCACCCCUAUAAUCCACUUGAGUUAUAAGUGAGUACACAUAACAAAUCUUAUUGUAUUGGUUAAAAUACCUUAACUCACAUAGAUAAGUAAAGUAUGAUGUUUUUUGAGUGUUUAUUUCUGACUGUCGUAAUAAACUAUGCAUUCCAAUGAAAUUCUCAGUAUAAGCUUAUUACAAUUUUUUCAAAGCAGGGUUGUAACAAGUAGCUGGCUGCCAGGGAAAAUCGCUGCCUAUUGGUUAAUAUCUGCUUGCUACUCUGCUGCCAUUUCUUUACAAAUGCCUUUUUUAAAUGAAAUAUCCCUGGACUGGCGGCUUAGAUCAACAACUCAGCUGUCUACUUCAAAACUUUCUGACAACCCUGCAAAGGCCUGUUUAUUAAGGGCUAUAGUAAUUUGUGACAGUGUGCAUGUAUUUGCACUGUCCCUCUGAGAACAACCACAUAGUAAAAUAAAGACAAUCAAAGAGAAAUGCCAAAGAAAGUUUAGCUAGCAGUUUUUUUCUGGAGUAAGUCUCAGUUGUGUUCAUAAUGUACAUAUAAUGUAAGCAUUAUGCAUGUUACUGAGUUUGACUAUCUCAAGUGGCCUUCAAUAGUGGAUGUUCAGCUUGUGCUGAAUCACUUAACAAAUGGCAUUUCAGGUCCAUCUUCAUCAUAUUGCAUCCUGAUCGAGUGUUAUAAUGUCAAUGUAAAUUCUAUAACAUCAUAUUUUUCAAUGCUUAUACAUGCCAUUUGAAACUUACUCAAAAAAAUGGAAGGAAUGCAGAUGUGUUUCACACUUUCUGCAUCUCUACUGGAAAAAGGAGUAUGAUGACCUCCACUUUUAUUUCAAGAUUUUCAGACAAAAAGUUCUUCCUUUCAAUGAGAAAAGUUCUUAAUAAAAAACCAUUGUUCAUUUUUAUGGCAAUUUUGCUUAAUGGUACAGAUUGAGCUAUAACAAAUCAGAUAGUGUCCUUCCAAUUAAGUCUACUGUGGGGUAUAAAGUAAAAGGAAAGGUAUUUGAAAGCAUUAAAGAGGGAAGGGUACAGGCUGUCUGAAAACAUUAAGAUGCUGGCUUGGGUUUCAAUAAGCACUGACGACUGACUAGUUUCAUCAGUUAUUUUGCUCAGGCAACUACUUUUCUUUAGCUACUUUUCUCCCCGAAAGGAGAAGCAACUAGUGCUUACAAUGUCGUAAACAAAAAACGUAUAAUGAAAACAUAAAGGCCCACUGGUUUUGAGUUACAUGUAUGCCUUAGUUAUGUAAACGCUGUAUUUCAGUCAAUUCUUCACACAUUUCAGAGGAGGUUUACACAGAAUUUGUUCUUGUUCAAAUGUACGUUUGUUCAAAUUGCCUGUAAUUUGUGUGUCUGAUAAAUCAGAACCUGAAAUGAAAGCUACAUUUUCUUGAAUGAAAAACACUCUUUUGUACUCAAUUUAGUACCCAGAAUGCUGGAAAUCACAUUUUAGGGCUUUGAAAUUUCCAAGUUUUCUGAGAGAGCAUGCCCCAAGACUCGUCUAGAGGCACAAGGUUGACGGCCCCUGGUUGAUACAGUCAGGUACUCUAUUCAAACCUGCUGGAUACUUCAAUUAUUAUUGAAACCCCCUGGGCUGGAAGGAAGGGACAGCCAUUAUUAUUGCCGAAGAUCAAUACAUAUUAAAGAAGUCCUGGUUCACUAUACACACACAUAUGUACAAAUAAAGAGAAACAAUAAUACUGGCAUUCUUAGGUAUUAAUUGUUAAUAACUAAGGAUGCCAGUAUUGUCUUGAAUACAGUUAAAACAGAAGGCCCGAAAAACUAAUUUGUUUCAGCUUUUUUUAAAAUGUUUACAAUGAAAAAGCUUUAUGUCAUCUGUUAAAUCAAAAUAAUGUUUAAAACUUUUAUUACCCUAGAGAAAGCUUAUGCUGAAUAUUCUCUGCGGGAGGAUAAAACAAAUAUGGCCAAGUUUUACCUUAAAGGCCAUCAAAAUGACCAGUAGCUUAAAGUUUUUGAUGUCACUGCCACACAUGAUGGUGCAGAGGUGAGAGCUCUUACCUCCCACCAAUGUGGCCCGGGUUCAAAUCCCGGCGUCAAUGCCAUAUGUGGCUUGAGUUUGUUUUGGUUCUUUCCUUUGCUCCGGGAUGUUUUUCUCCAGGUACUCUCGUUUUCCCCUCUCCUCAAAAACCAACAUUUUCAAAUUCCAAUUCAACCAGGAAUCAGGUAGACAAAGAACCACUUUGUGAAAGUGCUACCUCUAAAUCAUGACUUUUCUAAAAAAAUUAAUUUUAUAAGAAAGGUAAAGAGAAUUAAGCAAAAUAAGACAUUUAUUUUAUCCUUAACUUUGGUCAUUAUAUUUUUAAAUAAUAUAUUAGAACAUACGCCAAGAUGAAGAAUAAAUGUCUCGAUUUUUUUUGUCAAACUUAAUGCUCUUCAUUGAUGCCAUAAUUCUUGGAGAGUAUGGAGAAUAAACUCUUCUUAUGUAUUAAAAUGGUUGAGUCAAGGGGUGACACAGCCACAGUAACAAGCAUUAUAAGCUGCAAGGAAUAAUGCACAUUUUUCCUUCAGGUCUGCAAGUAUUUCUUGGAGGCUGUAGAAAAAGGACUCUAUGGUUGGUUCUGGAGUUGCCCUAAUGGCCCUAAGUGUAUAUACAGACAUGCACUGCCCCCUGGAUUUGUGUUAAAAAAGAAGCAGGAAAAAGAAUCCAAAGAACAGAUCUCAUUUGAAGAGUUUAUAGAAACAGAGGUAUGGACCACUUUACAAUGUACAGUAGUAAUGAAGUAUUAAUGAAUGGAUGAAGUUUUUGUGAUAUCCAGAAUAUUUUUCAAGGUUGAGGUAAGUGUUGUAUCAGAUGAGCUGAAAGUCAACACUGAUAACACUCAUCGAGACCUUGAUUAUUCUGGAUAUCUCAAAAACUUAGUCCUAUAUUUUUCACUUCAGUGUCCUUGGCUAGGGGUUAAUAUUUAUAUUACUAAAACAGUGAGAUAAUUGAGCACAAAAAUGAUAGUUUUUAACUCAUUCACUGCUGCCAAUUAUUGCAAGUUUGGCAUGCGAAUUUGGUUCCACUGAUUUCCAAAUAGCUGUAAGCGCUUAGCCAAUGAGAAGACAGACUGUAUAAUCAUUAAUGAUAAUAUUAUUAUUGUGUGUGAGUAGAUAAAUACAGUUCAGGCUAUAACUUCUUCAUAUUCCAAGUUAUUUGUGUCUUAACUGAUUUGAGAUGUCUUGCAUAUGGUGGUCUUAAUGCAUAAUAUUGUGAUGUCUCAGGACUUUAGGCCUGCAGACCUGUCAACUUAAGAGAGGCCACUCAUUAUUGAGAGUCCUGUGGCUGUUUUUUCUCUAUAGUAACUGCUAUGAAGCAGUGCCAAGAACCUUGUCGUUGUUCUGGUCCCCGAAUCACUGAAAAUGGGUUUAGAAGUUCUGUUCAACCUGAUUGGCAUGUCAACAAUGUCAUUUGAACAAGCCAAUCAUGGUGCACAUUCAAAUCAUGGUUACACAGCUGGGGGCCGGGAACAGGGAGUUUGUUAGUGACUUGUAGACAGACUUAACCAAAGGUUUAGUUUGGUCAGUGGCUCAGGCUCAUUUGAUAAUCUGGUCUCUGCCUGUGGAGAUGUUACUUUUGAUUUACAUUCCUUGCAUUUCCUUUUAUAGAGAGCAAAGCUUGGUGGAAACCUGACUAAGUUGACAUUAGAAACAUUCUUAGAGUGGAAGAAAAGAAAAGUGAGUACAGUGAUAAUUAAUUGUUAUAUAUUAUAACAAACAGUCAGGGUUCGCACAGUCUUGAAAAGUACUUGAAUUUUAGGGGAAGUCCUUGAAAAGUCCUUGAAUUUUCUUCAACUUUGAAUGUAGUGACCUGGAAAGUGUUUUUUGAUGCUUUUUGAUUGCCCAAGACAAAAUAUGAAUCAUAGCUCAGAGAAUUUAAAGGUUAUUUACACAAAGUACUCAAUGUUUUAUACGAUAAUGAACUAUCAAUUUAACACAAGUGAACUGCAAAAUGUGGAAAAGUUGGUGAAGCAAACAGUUCAAGCCUUAAAGCUGUAUUAGGAAUAGACUGGGAAUGUGCAUUUUUGUAGAAUUUGUGAAAUCAUAUUCCUAGUAGGUGGUACUUGAAAAUCUAAUGUGGAUUAUGUGGUCGUUGAAAAUUCCUUGAAAAGUCCUUGAAAAAUGGUUGCAAUUUUUUGUAUGAACCCUGACAGUAGUUUGUGUUCUAGCCCAAUAUUUCCUAUUGAUUCACCAUCAAUUUGUAACUGUACAUAAUAUUGUUAUGCAAGGCCAUGUGUAUAGAAGUUAACGUUGUCAUGAAUUAUGUGAUAAUUUGACUCCCAUUUCUGUUCCUUGCCUUUGGUAAUGUCACUUAGCAAUGUAAGAAAAUAUCAAAGAACCUUUCAACAUUGUUGAAAUUGAAGACCUAGCCUCAGAUGAAGAGCAAAGGCAGCAAAACAAACUAGUUUAAUCAAUCACAAAUAAAACUUUUAAUGACCAUGUUAUGAAAGAAAUGGCUCGUGCUUUAAGUUUAGGAUUUCCAAACUCAAUUGCGAUGCCUUUAUUGCUCCUAUUUCAGCUGGUGAUGUACUUGAUUAACCAACCAGUAUUAAAUGUAAAAGCCAUAUUACCUUCGUGUAACAUAAAAACCUACUGAAAUAUUGCUGUCUUUAAGAAGCGGGGGCCAGUGAUUUCCCCCAGCUACUAUGAACAUGGCCCCCUGCUACUUUCAUAGGAAAAUAGAAGAAAAAUAGAACCAAAAGAAAUCACUAUUUGUUUAAUUCCCUGCUUACUUGUGGCAUUUACCCGGCAACUUGAAUCUUAGUGACAUCCCUGUGAAAAAUAUUUUCAGAUUUUUUACUCCCUCUUUCCUUUUUAAGUGAAUGUUGAAGUGGAAUAAUUACAUGGUUUCUAAUCUGUAUCCUUUUCAGUUAAAAGAAAAGAAAGAAAAAUUCGAAACGGAGCAGGCAAAGAAAAAGGAGGAUUUUAAAUCUGGAAGAAUUGUUGGAAAGGUGUGUGUGAAUGCAGCAUAUAAUUAUUAACAGUUUACAGCAUACAAUGUAUACAGCAGUGUUAUUGUUCACCAUGUAUCCAUCCAUAAUGGAUAUGAUACAGGUCAAAAUUAAAUUCAUGUUAAAAUGAUGUUCAUGUUCCAAAUUUCCUUUGUCUCCUAGCCCUAAUUAUUCGCAAAUUAGGGCUAGGAGACAAAAGAAAUUGGUUGCGGCCGCACUAGGGGACUUAACCGAGUUAUUUGCAAUUAACUAAUUAAAGUUAACACGUUUAAAAGUAACUGCGGUUCGGCCGGGUUUUCUACAGUCUUAACUGAGUUCUUACAGGGAUAUGCAAAUCAGGCAACGACAAUAGAUUUUCUUAACCAGGUUAGGUUUUUUAAAACCACCUCGUGAGGUAGUUUAACGCAGGUUAACGUUAUCUAUCAGUCGAUUAUCUCUGCCUAGUCGUGGGAAUGGCCCAAAUUUUGGCAUUACCAUGCACGCAAGCACAACAGUUUGGAAAAUUACAUCUUUCGCUCCAAGUUCGGCUUUUCUUUCUUAAGGCAAUGGAGUCAAGACUUUUAAGAAGUGGACCUCUUUUUAUCAGUAAUAUACGGGGUCAAAUUUUGUCAGCCACUCUAAGGCGAGUGUUAUGAGCGACCCAAACGAGCUAUAAAACAAAAACCGCGCGACAUUGAAUGACUUUGUGAAAGUCUAAAUUGAGUCCGGCCGCUGAAAACAAUUAACGCGGUAAAACUCUUUUAACCAGGCCACGUUCUGAAAAGUUCCUUACCGGGUUUCUCAAGAAGUAACGCGGUUAACUUGCCAAGUGCGGCGGCAGCCAAUUGAGAAUCAAGCUAGGUUAAAAAAUUUUAAGCUCAAGAUAAUUUUGACAUGUAACAUAUACAACAGUGUUCAAAAGUGCUUUUCUAAUCCUGUUGUGAUCAUCUUCGUGAUAUACAGGUCAGUGGACGAGAGGUGUUUAUGUUUAAACCUGAGCUGGUGGAAGCUGAUGCUGAUGAUGAUGAAGCCACAGAAGAUAUCAGUAUAUACAGACGAGUACAUGAUGUGAGUUAAGAGUAAUACAUGCAAUCCAUAGAUUGAGAAAUAAAGCAGCCAUACAAGUGUAUUACCACCUUUGCUCUAAAUUGUGUACGAUUUCAUUGGAGGUUAAUACGUACAUCUCCACAUAAGUAAAUUAGUUUAAUCAGAGUGAACAAUUUAGUCUCCAGGCCCCGAUUGUUCAAACGCUGUAUAGCACUAUCCGUCAAAUAAAUUAUACUUUUCAGCUUAUAAAUGUUGCUGAAACCAAUUGCGUGAUACACUAGAUAGUGAUUUAUCCAGUGGGUAGCGCCAUCAACCUUCUGGCCCCGGUUCUUCAAACGUUGGAUAGCGCUAUCCACCGGAUAAAACUCUAUCUAGUGGAUAACGCAAUCGCCAAUUGGUUUCCCUAAGACUUAUCCACUGGAUAGUGAUUUAUCCGGUGGAUAGCGGUAUCCAACGUUUGAACAACCAGGGCCAGAACAACUGGGGCCAGAAUGCUAAUGUGCAUUUGUACUGUCAGCAGUUUAUAUGAGAAUUCUGUGAAAACUCACAAUGAAAUUGCUCAUGUUGGUAUAAUUUAUUUUAUGUCCUUUUGGAAGGAUGAUGAAGACACAAGAACCACAGCAAAAGAAAUCACAUUAGAAGAAAUGCACAGUGCUGCGGUUGAAGUUGAUGGUACUGGCACAGUCGAUCAAUCAAGUAGUGCCGCCGAGAGAUUACAACAUAAUCAAACUACAAGUUCAACUGUCGAAAAUUCACAUGAACAGGUACAUUGAGACUACAUUAGACACACCCUCCUUCUCCUCUCCCAUAGCCCUCAUCGUUGUAUAAAAAUUCCAGUCAUGCUAUUCGAUUGUCCUUUUUAAAUUGAGGCAAAUACAAUGCCAGAUACAAGGGGUUUCAAAUUCUUGUCACUAUCGUCAAGAACUGUUGCUCAUUUUUGACAAACUAUAUCAAGCACUUAAGACGACCUUUCGUCCGAUUAUGCCACCGGUGCUGUGGUAGUUGGUGAUGAGCCAAGGUAUGGUUUUGAUAUUGAAGUCUUUAAACCAUUUUAGUUUUAAUCUUAGAUUUUACACGUUAUCACUCAGUUUACCGUGUUCGUAUCAGUUCAAUUUCCGUCACCAAACCAGUAGAACCUUGUUUAAGGUGGCUGAGCGCAGUUUUGGCAGUUUGUGAGUGUAUUCAUUUGCCAGAUCAUGGCAAGGGAAAGGUUGCAGCCCACAAGCUAAAACUUGGCAAGUGAAAAAUAUACUGAUGAAAGAUUUUGAUUGACAGGUAAAAUUUGACGUUUUCGUAGUUUCCAUGGCAACAUGAACGAUUGAAUACAACCUUAAAAUUCCACUUUUGCUCAGUUUACAUAAAAUUCGCUCAUUAGAUUUUCCUAUGAACUUGCACACAGCUUACUAUAGUUAAUCAUUACCAUUUGAAACUUAUUUGACCAAAUUUUAACAGACGGGUUUUUAGAUAAUCAAUAAUAUAAUUGUAGUUUAAUUAUUAAAUGUAUCACAAAAUUUGCUUGUUCAACUUCCAUUUUAAAGUUGUCAUUAUUUAAAACACGAUGAAAGUAAAAAUUCUGCCAAAUAUCAGAAAAUCUUGAGAAACCGUCUUUUGUGUACCACUGUUUUUUCGCUGCCAUGUUUGUUUGUCUAAUUUAAAACACGCUACGUCACGCGAGUUACCGCUGACCACCCACAAAACUGUGUUCAGUCGCCUUACUUAUCUGAUUCGUGUUGCCUGUGUGAAGUUACAGUCCUGAACAGGUUGUAUGCCCCACAAGGCAGAAAGAUCAAGUUAGUUACUUUGUAAUUGCAACUGUUAUUCGCAGUUGUAUAAUCUGUCAUUUUAUACUUCAGACCCCAAACACAAAAGACGCCGAUGAAAAUGGUCUGGACGAAGCCUGCGGAGGAGUCAGUGUACCUGACGAAGAUACAGAGGACGCUUUAGUAAAUGGUAUACCUAUCGAAGAAAGUCUUUUUGAAGAUGACAUCGACGACUUAGAACUUGAAGAUCUCGAAAUUGUUGAUUAACCUCAGUAACUGCUAAAUGAAAUUUGUUUUACUGGUGGGAGUCAGUCAAAAAAUGAAUGGCGCUGCAACAUCAGUCCGGUAAUGUUCAAGAGAACGGAAUGGUCACAUGCGCAGAGCCGCGUAAGAGGUGUGGCCUUGACUGCUAGUUUGUUGCCAUAUAUACAGUGAGAACAUUGACUAAAGUAAUAAAUCCUUACACUGUGGUAUUAUUUACACAGUGUUGAAAGUGAUGAGAUAUUCGUAUGACGUAAUGAGGUCAUAUGAAGAAAAUAGGUCUGAAGCUUUUGUUGUUGCAACAUGUUACACUCCAAGGUUGAGACGCUCUUCUCAUUUACCAACCAGUGUACCUUUCUGAAAUCUUACGUGUACUUGAGCCUUUAGCAAACCAAAACAAAAAGGGGACAGGCCCCUCGGAUUGCAGCAGUCUUGCAAGCGAUAAAUUGCAUACAUAUCAAAGCGGAGUUACUCCAUAAUACUUGCAAAUAGAUUUUUACGUGGGUUUACUCGCCAACUGAACGAACUCCCCAAUAAAGCGUUGACAAGUAAUGGCUUUAAGGAAGAUCGAAAGACCCCCACAACCUGUUUGUAUCUGAGAGAUACCUAUGAGCUGGAUCCUAACGUUUCACACUAUAUUCACAGCGAGGAUGGGCUCUUUCGAGGUACGGGCAGCAGCAAAAUUAAAAGAUUUUAUUUCCUUGUUAGUGAACGGGCUCCUUGGGGGAAGGGUUCGAAAGAGGAGGGGUGUAGGAGACUUUCCCUUUAUUUGCUCCUUCUCUUUCGUUACCAGUCUACUCAAAGAACCUGUUUACUUGAUUCCACCCACCCACUAUGAAUUAAUCGAGAUGGCCACCCGUCAAGUUAAAAGAAUGAAGAACACGUUAAUUACAUCAGAUUUUUUAAUUUUCUAUAUGAAUAGACGCAAUAGCUGGCAAUAAAUUCUCUAAG